AUGGAUCGCCGUUUCGCACAACCGUUCUCCCCGUUCUUCAACCAUCACCGGUAACCACUCUACUCCCAUUUCAUCUAUUUUCUCAUAUUCAAGAAGCAGAUUCUUCGAUGACCUCGACUUUGACCGUCAAAUGAUCCGUCCCUACUGGGCCGAUCAGACGAUGCUCACCGGACACCGCGUCGGCGAUGCCAUCGAUGUCGUCGACAACGAGAAGGAAUACAACGUGUCCGUCGAUGUUUCGCAAUUCGAACCGGAGGAGUUGAAGGUCAACAUCGUUGAUAAUCAGUUGAUUAUCGAGGGAAAGCACGCCGAAAAGACUGACAAGUAUGGACAGGUAUGCCAAAUUUCGACGACAUCAUCUUCAUCUGAUUCCCUUUCAGAUUGAACGUCAUUUCGUCCGCAAGUACACUCUGCCGACUGGAAUUCGCCCGGAGCAGAUCAAGUCGGAGCUGAGCAACAACGGAGUUCUUUCCGUCAAAUACGAGAAGAACCAGGAGCAGCAGCCAAAGUCCAUCCCAAUCACCAUCGUCCCCAAGAGAAACUGA